UUGUCUUCUCUUUUUUUUUACAACUCUUUGUUGUUCUGUGUUUUUUUGGGGGUGUUUUUUGGACAGAGGUGUAAAAUCAUGUUCGGGUCAUUGUUGUCACCCAUGUCUUGACAAAGAGAGCGCGGGUCUCCAGCUGUGUUGACACUGUCAUGUUUCUGUAUGAAUAUAUAGGCGGCUUAGACCGAAUACCAGUGCAUUAAGGAUUGUGUGUAGCCGACUAUUAUUUGAUGGACUUUUAAAAAUAAUUUUGAUGUCAGGCAUUGAUAAUAUAUCUUAGCUCUGUAGCUAUGAAUCAUGAUUAUUGAUCCAUAAUGUUCAUAUAGCUGCCAAUAAUAUGAACGUCAUGAGAUUAUAAUCUCAUUUUCUGUGAUUGAUAUGUUUUUAGUAUUCUAUGCAAAUGAUACACAACAUGGUGGCCUCAGCUGCUGAAGUUAUAUUGAAAAAUAAAAAGAUGUGUAAUUGCAAAGAAUCCCCACUAAAAUAAAAUUGCAUCACUCUCACUACUAUCACUAUUCCUAUAGGAUUCAUAGUGCUUAGCGCUGACAAUGUAUCUGUGUCAACAGUGAACUUAGGUUAUUUUGUAAUAUUUGUUAUUUGUGAUAAUCAUGUGUUUUAUUGGGAUAUCUAUGUUCAAAAAUCUCAAAAAAAUCUCCCACCAGAUUACUACCAUGUCUACCAGGGUGUAGAUAGUAUUUCUGCCUCCCAUUCCCACUGAACACUCCCAUCUGCACCUCCAUCCCCGGCCUCCUGUUUGCACCUCCUGUGCAGUGUGAAUUUAAGCCCGCAGGCUCCUGUCUGCUCCUCCUGAUCGCCACCUCCAAUCUGUGUGUGUGUGUGUGUGUGUGUGUGUUAUUAUUCCUCCCCAGACUUCUCAAUGAAGGAGCCUGACGCAAUCAAGCUCUUCAUCGGGCAGAUACCCCGAAACCUGGAGGAGAAGGACCUGAAGCCCAUCUUCGAGCAGUUUGGCAAGAUCUAUGAGUUGACGGUGAUAAAGGACAAAUACACAGGGAUGCACAAAGGAUGUGCCUUCCUGACAUAUUGUGCUCGUGAGUCCGCCCUCAAAGCCCAGAAUGCACUGCACGAGCAGAAGACACUACCAGGGAUGAACCGUCCAAUCCAAGUGAAGCCGGCGGACAGCGAGAGCAGAGGGGAAGACAGGAAGCUGUUCGUGGGCAUGCUGGGGAAACAGCAGACGGACACCGACGUGAGGAAGAUGUUCGAGCCGUUCGGCAGCAUAGAGGAGUGCACGGUGCUCCGCGGGCCGGACGGCACCAGCAAAGGGUGUGCAUUUGUAAAGUACCAGAGCAACGCAGAGGCCCAGGCCGCCAUCAACACUCUGCACGGGAGUCGCACUCUACCAGGCGCCUCGUCCAGCCUGGUGGUGAAGUUUGCCGACUCAGAGAAGGAGCGAGGUCUCCGGCGGAUGCAGCAGGUGGCCUCUCAGCUGGGAGUCAUCAGUCCCAUGACCCUGCACCUCGGGGCCUACAACGCUUACACGCAGGCUUUGAUGCAGCAGCAGGCCCUGGUGGCGCAGUCGGCCUACCUCUCUCCUGUUGCCACCGUGGCGGCGGUUCAGAUGCAGCAACUCGCCGCCCUCAACCCCAGCAGCAUCAUUGCCACGCCGCUCUCAUCCAUCACCCCCUCCUCAGGUACCAACACUCCACCCUCCAUGGCAGGCACACCUCUUCCUGCUCUGCCUCCACCGCUCACAUUGAACAGCUACGCCUCGCUUCCAACUCUGUCCAACGGCCAAUCAGCAACCGAGGCCCUGUACACCAAUGGCGUUCAUGCCUAUCAAGCUCAGAGUCCUGUCCUGGACCCCAUGCAGCAAGCUUAUACAGGCAUGCAGCACUAUACAGCCACCUACCCUGCUGCCUACAGCCUGGUGGGACAGCCGUUCCCCCACCAGCCCACGCUGGUGGCUCAGCAGCAGCCGCAGCAGCCGCAGCAGCCGCAGCAGCCGCAGCAGCUGCAGCAACGAGAAGGUCCAGAGGGCUGUAACAUCUUCAUCUACCACCUGCCACAGGAGUUCACUGACUCUGAGAUACUGCAGAUGUUCCUUCCCUUCGGAAACGUCAUCUCUGCAAAGGUGUUUGUGGACCGCGCCACCAACCAGAGUAAAUGCUUUGGUUUUGUAAGUUUUGACAACCCAUCCAGCGCCCAGACUGCCAUCCAGGCCAUGAACGGCUUCCAGAUCGGCAUGAAGAGACUGAAGGUGCAACUGAAGAGGCCCAAGGAUGCCAACAGGCCUUACUGAAGGAGGAAAACCUAAGAGUUCAAUCAAGAAAACCACUUGGGAUGUCCCAGCCUUUUUUGGUUGUUUGACCAACCGUAUAGCACAGGAGCAAGACUUCACAAAAAGCAGUAUCACGUGUAUGCGCUUUCAAACAACAACAAACAACAGCAGUAAUACCGGCAACAGCAUAAAAUCUACAGAAUCCGCAUCCGCAAUAUCAGAAGUGCUCCAGAUUUCCUAUCAUUCCACAGCUGGAUUCAUUUAUAUUAUGUACAUACUCUAUUGUCAGCAACAAGAUCUACAUGUUAAGAAAAAGCAUAUCACUGAUGUUAUUCUUCUGAACAGGGUUCUACUGUAUAGUGUGAUUUGUGGUCUAUGGCAUUAACAGGAGGCCAGUCUACACAGUCGGAGAAAAGAGAAAAUACUAUAGUGUAUUAUUACCAUUGGUAAUAUUGUUAUGUAGAGUUAGUUUUAUUAUUUAUACGUAAAUUAAAAACAUGGGGUAAUUAAACUGGAAGAGAUUUGAAUUUCCUCUCACUGUACAUACCUUGGUUUAAAAAUGGAGUUGAAGGACUUCACGAGUUAAGAUUCUCUGCUGCCACUACUUUUCAAAUUAACAAAGCUGAAGGGAUGGCUAGGAAUUUUUCUAUCUUGAUUUUUUACGUUUUAAUUUAUUUGGUAAUCAAUUUGAUGAGGGUGGGGCGGGUUGGUGGGGGAUGUGACAAUUUCUUUUUUUAAUUUAAGAAGAAGAAAAAAAAAGAGGAUUUCUGUGGUCUUCAAGACAAUGAACACACUUAUUAUAGAGUUUUUAAUUGCAUAAAUGUACCUAUGGAAGUAAAAAAAAAAUAACAACAUAAUGUUUCUUUAUUUAUUCUCUACAAUCGCUGUUUUAAAACAUAUGUCUUUAAAAGAAAAUAAAGUACAAUUUAGAAUUAAAAUGUGUGUCUGUUCACAUCAUGUGAUUUACCAAAAAAAUCUCAUCUUUCCUCUGCAUGAUGAAUCAACAAUGUUAGAAGAGAUGAGAGAAUAGACGAUGGUUGUGUCAAAGUUUGGGUGUUGGAUCAUAAAUGAGCUAUCCAGGGGUGUUUGCUGCUCUCUAUAGGCCUGAGGAAGUAUUGCGCAAAGUGGAAAACAUCUGGCCUCCUGUGUUGGUUGCAUGUGAAACUGUGGACCAACUUUACCAAGGAACAGGAAGAAAACUAUUUUUGCUGAUUUAUUGUUGCUACUUGAAGUGCAGUAUAAUUACAAGUCUGUACAAAAUGUCCAUUAUAAUGUCACACAAUGAUGUUAAAUGAUUGAUAACCCAACCUUGGCCAUGAGUUAUUGAUGACACAGCAUGCAAAAAUAUCCAGGUCAGGUAUGGAGAGGAUGGAAAAGGCUGAGGUGUCUGUCACCACAUUCGGGCGUGCACUGAGUCCUUCUGCAAGCAGCUGUUUGGUUUGGACCCGUCCAAGCAUGUCUCGGCCUCCUUUGGCAUGCAUGAAAGUAUGAAGGGUAAUUAAUAGCAUAAACAGAUACCAGGAUGAGGAGAGGGAAUCUGUUAUCUGAUGAGGAAAACAGCUGCAAAAGACUUUAGCUUGAUGAUAUACUAUUAUAACUUAUGUUGCAAAAUAUAAGCCAGAUACAUGACAGGGUAUAGGUGGAGAUACAACCAAAACCGUUGUGUGAAGUUGACGGAUCCUAUUAAAUUCUAUGGAGAGCAGAAGAGUCGGCCCUACGCUGCACGAUAGACGACGCGGCGAGUUGACUGACCAUUUGCCGAAUCAGAAUUUGCAUAAUUCUGACUUUACCUCAACUUUAUGCAAAUAAAGUCCGUCCAUCAUACACAGAUCAUACAGUCAAAUGAAUGAAGUCUCCCUCUGUUUGUGUUGUAAUCCGAACUUCUCCAUUCUUUGUUUACAUAGUAGAGGUGGCCACGCGUGCUUUUAUUGCAUGUGAGCGUGCCCCUCAGGUUAUACAGUGGUUACAGCUGAUAACGCCGUCACGAUGUCGUGGAAGCAUAGCACUCAACCUCAGGUUGUCACUCAGGUAAACACUUUUAGCUC